AUUAACACCGAAAUAUUAACCAAAGAUGAAGUUAAGGCAGCAAUAAUAAUUUUAAUGAUCUUCAGCAAGAGUAUACAAAAGGCUUGGAAUUUUGCUCUGUUCAAAGAACUGGAAAAUCGUAAUCAUCGCCUAACAAUUGUCACACCAAAUACAGCCACCUCACUUGAGGAUGAUUUUCAAAAUGCCGAAUUUAUUCACUUGGAAAAAACUCGACAAUUCCUAAGGCAACGUUACGAAGCACUGAGCCAACAAGAGCUGUUGCAACAAUCCACCUGGAAGUUUAUCAUCCAUUGGUAUGACAGACAAAUGGCCACAUGUCGUGCUAAUCUGGAAUCAAUUGGAUUUUCAGAGGCCUUACACUUGGCUGUCAAAGAGAAACGCCAGUACGAUAUGAUUAUUUACGAUGUCACAUAUGGAGCAGGUUGUUUGUUGCAUUUGGCCUAUUUGUUUGGCAGCACGCCAAUAAUUGGCCUUAACAGUGGCCACUUGAAUCAACAAAAUACCUGGUUGUUGCAGUCACCCGACACCGCUGAGCUACUGAAUCCGUCUUUGGAUCCAUAUGUUUUGAGUGAUUUUGGACGGGAUAUGAGCUAUUGGAGGAGAUGGCAUAAUACAGCGUUGUAUGCUUUCGAUUAUUUCUAUCGCAAAUUAUUAGUCAAACCUGUCAUAGAGGGUAUUUGGUCCAAAAAUAUGCAAUCGAAAAGUAUUAUCACACCCAAGAAGUUUAAUGAUCUCCUGCCACGUUUCAAAGUGAUUUUGGCCAAUUAUCAUCCAUCUCUGCACAGCCUGCAAACAUUGCCCAAUCACGUUGUUCCAGUGCCGGGUUUACAUAUCCAAGAAAAUAUGGAGGCCAACGAAGAAGUACUGAAGUUUAUUGAGUCCUUCGAAAGGGAAAUUAUUUUAAUUGAUAUGGAAAAAAAUAUCCUCGGUUCGGAUAAUACCAAAAUGUUAUUGAACACCAUUCGACAAUUUAGCGAUUAUGGAUUUAUUUGGAUUAAUGCCAAGGGCACUUUGCUGGGGAAGAAUAGCAUUAAAAACCUGUUGCAAUUAAAUAAUGUGGAGGCGGGAGAAAUUUUAGGUCAAAACGAAGUCAAAUGUUCCAUUAUUGAAGCAGAGAGUUUAAGUGCACAAGAGUCCUUAUAUCAUGGAGUCCCACCAAUAACUAUUACCAGCAAACCAGAGCAGAGAUAUGUUGCACAACGUCUCUUGGACCGAAACCUAGGCCUCAAUUUGGAGCUCUUCAAGUUCGAUAAAACCCAAUUACACGAUGCCCUUCAAACAUGUUUGAAUGACAAAAAGUUACACAAAAAUGUCCAACAAUUAUCCACAACAUUGAAGAAAAAACAAAAUCCCUCCCUGGAGACAGCCGUUUGGUGGGUGGAACACAUCUGCGAUAAUCCUCAAGCCCAAGAUCACUUACUGGCUCAGGAUGCAAAUCACAGACUUGGUUUAUUGGCUUCACGUGGCCUUGAUAUCCUCUUGGUGGUGGAAAUUUUCCUCGUCCUUUGUGCCAUUAACACCAUCUACAUUCUGCGACAAACAUUUUUGAAUUUCAAAAAGGCUGCAAAGAAGAGUAAAUCGGAUGGAAAGAAAAUGCUCAAUGAGAAGAAGAAGAAAUUAGAAGUGACCGACAAGAAGAGACCACAAUUUUCCAAACCCUAUGCGGAUAUUCCCGGUCCUCGCGGCAUCUUUGGUUUGGGAAAUCUCUAUAAAUAUUUGCCAAUUGUGGGCAAAUACACCUGGUUGGAACUGCACAAAGCUGGCUAUGAUAAAUAUCGUGAAUAUGGUCCCAUUGUCCGGGAGACCAUGGUACCGGGUCAGGAUAUUAUUUGGCUUUAUGAUCCCCGGGAUAUAGCAACGCUUUUAAAUUGUAAAGAUUAUCCGCUGCGCAGAAGUCAUUUAGCGCUGGCCAAAUAUCGUACAGAUCGUCCACAUAUUUAUCGUUCCGCCGGUUUAUUGCCAACAAAUGGUUCGGAAUGGUGGCGUCUACGAUCCGAGUUACAAAAAGAAAUCAGUGUUCCGAAAAAUGUACGCAGCUUUUUAUUAGAAAUUGAUGAGGUCACCAAAGAGUUUUUGGACUAUUUACCCAAAUCGGAAGAUGUUGAUGUGCUACCCAAGCUGGCGAGACUAAAUUUGGAAUUAACCUGCCUGGUAACAUUUGGAGAACGUCUAAAUUCAUUUGCCCCGGAAGAACAAGCGAAAAAUUCCCGCUCCUCAAAACUCAUGUGGGCUGCAGAGACAACAAACAGCAAUAUUUUACCCACCGAUCAGGGUCUAGGAUUAUGGCGUCAUUAUGAAAGCGGGCCGUAUAAAAAAUUACGAAAAGCCCAAGAGUACAUGGAAAGUGUGGCCGUCGAUUUGGUCUCCCAAAAAUUAGCAUUUUUUAAAGAUACUUCGGAUGAAGUCACGGAGAGUCCCUGCUCACUGAGUCGUACGAAUUUGGUUGAACAAUAUUUAAAAAAUCCCAAUUUAGAUUUAAAUGAUGUUGUUGGUAUGGCUGCAGAUUUGUUGCUGGCUGGUGUGGAUACCACCUCGUAUACCACGGCAUUUGCUCUAUAUCACAUUUCUCGACACCCAGAGGUACAACAACGUUUACACGAAGAAAGUUGUAAGGUGUUGCCGGAGAAGUUAUCACCUCUUCUAGCGGAAUCUUUAAAUUCGGGUAUACCAUUUACCAGAGCAACGCUGAAAGAGGUAUUUCGCCUGAAUCCCAUUUCAGUGGGUGUGGGACGUAUACUUACCAAGGAUAUGAUAUUUAGUGGUUAUUUGGUACCCAAAGAGACUGUGGUUGUUACCCAAAAUAUGGUGGCCUGUCGUUUGAAGGAUAAUUUUGAGGAACCCUUAUUAUUCAAUCCUGAUCGCUGGCUUGGUCAAUCGAAAAGUUCCAUUAAUCCCUAUUUGGUCUUACCCUUUGGCCAUGGCAUGAGAUCCUGUAUUGCUCGCCGAUUGGCGGAACAAAAUAUUUUGACUCUGUUACUGAGGUUAAUCCGUAACUAUGAAAUUGAAUGGAAAGGUGACGAUGAUGAGGAAAUGGAUGUCAUUACUCUGCUGAUCAAUAAGCCCAGCAAACCGGUGACUAUACAGCUACACGAAAGACCACUGUGA